AAUGAACGUCUCGGAGUGGUGAACUCCAGCGAUAACGGUGGCAGUUCGCGCGCGUGUUGUGGGGAGAUUAUAGGUCUCCUAUUACUUAAAGCAGUGCGUGAAUUCGUCGAUACAUGAAAAUUAAUUUCAGUAACUAGUGAGAACGGUGAAUAUUCCGGAGUUGGAUUUCAGCCGGCAAGAUACGUUUCACAAAUUAAUUAACAUUGUUUGUAAAAACGUUAUCCGGUUAAAAAUUCUCGCGAUUAAAUUCUUGCGUAUUGGAAGUGAAAGUGUGACUCAAUGUUAGAUGAUCGAGAGAUUUUACACCAAUUUCGAACCCAACCCGUGCUCUGCGUUUCCCGACAAAAAAACAGUUUGUCAUGAUAUUAAAGAUAAUUGAAACUAAUUGUGGAAUACGUCUGUUGAUCCAGCUACCAUUGUAUCUGCGAAAAUAUGAAUUCAGGGCAUAUUUCGAGUUCUUUCGUAAGAGAUUUGUCGUAAAAUUCAUUAACAUAUUUUUAUUAAUUCAACUUGGUUUA